CACCGCAGCCGCCGCGUCUAUAAUUUUUUCUCCCGUCGCCGAUGCCGCCGCAACAGCGUUCGAUUAUAUUUUACUCGUCCGUCUUCUCGACUAUAAUAUAUACGUCUUAAACGCUCGUCGUCGUCAUUAUUAUUUGGUCGAGUCUACCUCAGCUGUCGUCGUCGUCCGCGAUUUAUAUCAUAUUUUUCAGUAUUUCGUUUAAUUUUUUCACUGACCGAUCGUCGUAUUCAUCGUCGUUUUCCUACGUCAUAAUAAUAAUAUUAAUAUUAUUAUCGUUCGACCGUCGUAUUAUUUCCAUGCCAUGCAGGCAGGACUUGUAUCGCCUUCGCCUUCGCCGCUAUCGUCGUCCACAAAAAGCCGUAUUAGUGACUAAUUAUUAUUUACUAGGAUAACGUAGUGUUGUUAAAGUUUACGUCAAAGUUGAUUCUGUAUAGUUAUUGUUUCGUCCAAUCGGCGCACCAGUCACCACUCGGUUACGUGAUACGCUACGAGCAUGAUGAAUCGCAUUAUUUUGGCGUCGUUCCUCUUAGCUGGUGUGGCCAGGUGUUACGAUUACGAUGAAGUAUUGCGGUUGUCACUCAUGUUCUACGAAGCACAGAGGUCGGGUCACCUGCCUGUCAACAACCGCAUCCCGUGGCGGGCUGACUCUGCGACCACAGACAAAGGGCAAAAUGGUGAAGACCUAUCCGGAGGAUAUUAUGACGCUGGCGAUUUCGUAAAAUUUGGCUUCACGAUGGCAAGCACUACGACCAUUUUGGCAUGGGGAUACUUGAGUUAUAAAGACGCGUACGAGGAAGUUAACGAAUGGGAAAACGCAUUGGGCUCGAUACGCUGGGCCGCGGAGUACUUUAUCAAGUGUCACGUUAGCGACUACGAGUUUUACGGACAGGUCGGUGACUUCAGUCUGGACCAAGGUUUCUGGGGUCGGCCCGAAGACAUGAACAUGUCUAGGCCGGCGUACAAAAUCGACAAAAAUCGACCAGGUUCCGAUUUGGCCGGUGAGACGUCCGCCGCUCUCUCCGCCGUGUCGAUAGUGUUCACCAAAAUCGAUUCCAAUUUUUCGGCCAGUUGCUUGAGUCACGCCAAGCAACUGUACAUGUUCGCCACCCAGUACAGAGGACUGUACCACGACGCCAUCAAAGGAGCGGCGCAAUAUUACGAAUCGACAGAUUACGGUGACGAAUUGACCUGGGCUGCGGCUUGGCUGUACAAGGCCACAAAGGAGUCACAGUAUUUGGACGACGCCGAGUACAUGUACAUGAAGUACAGACUUAAAGAACGGCCGAACGAAUUUUACUACAACAAAAAAGUCGCUGGUGUACAGGCCCUUCUUGCCGAACUAACUAAUCAAUCUGAGUAUACCGAAGCAAUUCAAAAUUUCUGCGACUACAAUUUGUACGUUCAAAAGAAAACACCAAAAGGACUGUUGUACAUCGAAAAAUCCGGUACACUGUGUCACGCAGCGAACAUUGUGUUCUUGUGCUUGCAGGCUGCUGAUAUCGGCAUAAUGUCAACGCAAUACCGAACAUUUGCCAAAGAUCAGAUAGAUUACAUACUGGGAGACGGAGGACAGAGCUACGUAGUAGGAUUUGGUAAAAACUACCCAUUACAACCACAUCACGCAGCGAGCUCUUGUCUGGACCGCCCGGCUCCUUGCGAUUGGGAAGCGUACCGGAGCGCCAAGCCCAAUCCACAGGUGCUGUACGGCGCGCUGGUCAGCGGACCCGACGAGAACGACAACUAUAAGGACCUGAGGGAGGAGUACAUCUACAACGAGGUGACUUUGGACUACAACGCCGGCUUCCAGUCGGCUGUCGCCGGGCUCAAGCACCUGGAACUCCAGACCAGCCGGCACAAGGCCAUGAUGGCCGCAAACGGUCUGCAGCUGUCGUCCAACGCGACGGACGCGUAAUCGUUGUCCCGGACUACCACCGACCGCGUCGGAAAACUCCACCGCAUUUUACUUCUGUUUCAUAAAAUUAAAAUAAAAAAAAAUAUACGUGUUUUCUUUGACCCGGAGACGACGAGCCCCCCCGGACCACGAUCGAAAACCACCGCGCGGUUGCGCCACCCUCAUUGCAUUCAUCGCGAUGACAUUCAAAAUAUUGUUAUUAGGUACCUUAUAAACCUACAAUCAUUGAUUAUGCUGAGUCGCUGAAUAUACGCGCGUGAGCAUGAUACAGGGGGGAGGGGGGAGCAAAAGCGGAUUUUGAUUUCGCGCCUUCUCUUUUUCGAGGCCUAUAACGAGUUGAGUGUGUGUGUUGAAGAGGGUGGGAAAGGGUGUCAAUGUCCGUCCGAUCGAUUUUCGUCGUACCACACUUUCGACUACAAUAAUAUAAUAUCGAAUCGUGGUAAAAAAAAGUCCUGGUAAAAAAGUCCGAGGAAAAAAAUUCUGGUAUAAUAUAUAUAUAAAAUAUUUAAAAUAAUUAAUUUAAAAAAAAAGUUUAAUGAUUAUAAUUACUAUUAGUAUCAUUAUUCAUUACCUAUACUAAUGUUAUAAAAAAAUCGAAAUUAUUUUUCAUACAAAGAAAUAUACAUAAUAUAAUAUUCUAAUGAUUUCUCAGUUUAAUAAAGUAUUGACAAUCGUCAUAUUAUAAAGAACAAAAUAUUUUUAAAAAAAAAUUCAAUAAUUAUAAUGUUUAUUUAUGUCUUGUUCUUAUAUUACGAUUUUUCAGUUUUAUUAAGUACCGUCAUAUAAAAAUAUAUAUGGGCACCACAUCGUAUUUUUCCUUUUACCUAAUUAUGUGUCUUUUUCGCCACGAACUUUUUAUGCUUCAGACUUUUUCCAUAGGACUUUUUUACCUCGGACUUUUUGGUACAAUUAACGAUAUGUCGAAUUUAAAUGUUGACGAUCUCGAAUAUUCGAACUUUGUUUUUGUAACUGUUCGAGAUCAAACUGGAACUUUUUGAAUAUUUUUAACUUUCAAACUUAAAUCAGACAACAACAUGAUUAUAAAAUCGGGAAAUCUGACAAGGAAUAUUAUACGGAAAACAAAAAUAUAGUAUUAUUGGGUAAUGAUAUUUUUAUACUUUUUAAAAUAUAAAUUAUAUUCAUAAUAGUAUUGAUGUCGCAUUUGAUAUUCCUCGAAGCGUUUGAAAUGUUCGAGUUUGAAGUAAAUAUUCGAUUUCAUAAAUUAAUUUCCAACAAAAUUCGAACCGUUCUAGUAUCUCGAAGCAGGGUGUUCAAAAGUUCGGUAUGCGCUCACGACCCAUCCCCAAUCAUAAUAUUAUUACUGUUUUUGCAGACGACCACCACGGUAUCGGUCGUGGACGGCCAACAAUUCCAUUUCGUCAAAGGUCUAAUGCUAUUUGUACGUUUAAAGGUCUAUGGUUGUGAGUAGUAAAAAAUAGGUACUUUAUUAUUAUAAUAAUAUUAUAACCUCGGAGUAUAUAAUAUAGGUACCAUGAUAUAUGAAACGCAUCGCCGGCGCCAAAGUUUCUGGAAUUUCGGUGUGUUUUUGCGAUAUAAGGUAUCGAUGACCCUGGAAUUACGCGUGUACUGGGGGGGGGGGGGGGGGGGCACAGAGUAUAAUAUAAUAUUUUGGCUGAUACACUGAGGUGGAUAUUGCGUUUCGCAUUAACGAUUUCGGGGAAACAUAGAUACCACCCGGACUCAUUGUUUCGACACGAUUUUGUUUGUCCCAACUUAAUGAUAUUACAUUACUAUAAUAUUAUUAUGAUCCAAGUCUUCGGUGAUUUCAAAACAUGUCAGAUCAUUUUUAUUUUGUGUUAUUUAUUUAUGUGUUGUAGUAAAACUUUAGACAAUUGCGAAAUAUAUUAUAUCAUAUAUUAUUGUUCUUGA